CCGCUUGAUACCAGGAACCAGCUGAGUUGAUUUCUCGAAACUUCUAAUUUGUCGUCACUUCCGCCGGCGUUUUCUCACGUGUUUCAGUAGUUACUUGAGAUCUGAACCAAGAGGACGUGAACAGGAAAAAAGGCUCAAUAAUCGUUUACAAAUUUCAAAAUGGCAAAGGCACCAGCUGUAGGUAUUGAUUUAGGGACCACAUACUCCUGUGUGGGUGUAUUUCAACAUGGGAAGGUGGAAAUUAUUGCCAAUGACCAGGGAAAUAGAACAACACCAAGCUAUGUGGCAUUCACAGACACCGAAAGACUGAUUGGUGAUGCUGCCAAGAAUCAAGUUGCAAUGAAUCCCACGAACACAAUUUUUGAUGCUAAAAGACUUAUAGGAAGGAAGUUUGACGAUAGUGCAGUGCAGUCAGACAUGAAACACUGGCCAUUUACUGUUCUGAACGACGCAUCAAAACCAAAACUUCAGGUUGAAUACAAAGGAGAAACUAAGACAUUUUUCCCUGAAGAAAUCUCUUCAAUGGUUUUAAACAAGAUGAAAGAAACUGCAGAAGCUUUUCUUGGAAAGACUGUGACAAAUGCUGUUGUUACUGUACCAGCUUACUUCAAUGAUUCUCAAAGACAGGCAACAAAAGAUGCAGGCACAAUUUCAGGUCUCAAUGUUUUGCGUAUCAUCAAUGAGCCAACAGCUGCAGCUAUUGCUUAUGGACUUGACAAAAAGGUUGGAGGUGAAAGACAUGUGCUGAUUUUUGAUCUUGGUGGUGGAACCUUCGAUGUCUCCAUUUUGACAAUUGAGGAUGGUAUCUUUGAAGUAAAAUCCACUUCUGGGGAUACUCACUUGGGAGGUGAAGAUUUCGACAACAGAAUGGUUAACCACUUUAUACAAGAAUUUAAAAGGAAACACAAAAAGGACAUGAGUGAAAAUAAGCGAGCUGUCAGGCGUCUUAGAACUGCCUGUGAAAGAGCCAAGAGAACCCUAUCCUCCAGCACCCAAGCCAGCAUCGAGAUAGAUUCCUUGUUUGAAGGAAUUGAUUUUUACACGAGCAUCACUAGAGCUCGCUUUGAAGAACUUAAUGCUGACUUAUUCCGUGGUACUCUAGAGCCAGUUGAGAAGUCUAUAAGAGAUGCCAAGAUGGACAAGGCUGCAAUCCACGAGAUUGUGUUGGUUGGUGGUUCCACAAGAAUUCCAAAGAUCCAGAAACUCCUCCAAGACUUCUUUAAUGGGAAAGAGCUGAAUAAAAGCAUCAAUCCUGAUGAGGCUGUAGCGUAUGGUGCUGCUGUUCAAGCUGCCAUUCUCCAUGGAGACAAGUCAGAGGAAGUACAAGAUCUACUGUUGUUGGAUGUAACACCUCUAUCUCUUGGUAUUGAAACUGCCGGUGGCGUGAUGACCUCUCUUAUCAAGAGAAAUACAACCAUUCCAACCAAACAGACACAGACAUUUACAACUUACUCCGACAACCAACCUGGUGUACUCAUCCAGGUGUAUGAAGGUGAAAGAGCUAUGACCAAAGAUAACAACAUUUUAGGAAAAUUCGAGUUGACUGGAAUUCCACCAGCACCACGUGGUGUACCACAGAUUGAGGUAACAUUUGAUAUUGAUGCCAAUGGUAUUCUCAAUGUGACAGCUUGUGACAAGAGUACAGGAAAGGAAAACAAGAUUACUAUUACCAAUGACAAAGGCCGUCUCAGCAAGGAAGAAAUUGAUAGAAUGGUUAACGAUGCUGAAAAAUACAAGGCCGAGGAUGAGGAACAAAAAGAGAGAAUUACAGCCAAGAAUCAACUUGAGAGCUACUCGUUCAACAUGAAGUCAACUGUGGAAGAUGAGAAUUUGAAGGACAAAAUCAGUGAAGAUGAUAAGAAAACAAUCUUGGACAAAUGUAGCGAGGUCAUCAGUUGGUUAGAUAGCAAUCAGCUGGCUGCUAAGGACGAGUAUGAACACAAACAGAAGGAACUAGAGGGUGUAUGCAAUCCAAUUAUCACCAAACUCUAUCAAGCUGGUGGAGCUCCUGGUGGUGCUGGAGGUAUGCCAGGUGGUAUGCCCAAUUUUGGAGCUGGAGGAGCCGGAGGUGCUGCCCCAGGUGGUGGGUCAAGCGGCGGACCAACCAUCGAGGAGGUUGAUUAAAUACAAAUAUUCACAAACUUUGCUAGUCUACUGUGGAAGUUUGCAACAUCACAAACUGUCUAAUACUUUAACUAUUUAAAGCAAGUGUGCUUUUAGAUUUACUAAAGCUAUGAUUAUCAUCUAUUAUUUUUACAGAAUCUGUACCUUCGUUAAUUUGAUGUAAAAUUUGUAAGUUGACAAUCGCCAACCUUUCUUGAUCAUGAAUAGAAAUAGCUGAGACUGAAGCAUAAGAAUGAUCUAUUGUAGUGCUAUAGACAAACUCGUAAGCCUGUCAUUUUUUUCCAAGUUCAUUUGCAUAAUUUUGUACAUCAUUAUUUAUUUUCAAAGAUCUUGUUACUCCUGUUAAAACAUCACGUCCAAGUGAUCAUGAAUAAAAAAUUACUGAGCCUA